AUUGCUGCACUUUGCCACAGUCAGACUUACUGCACAGGUUUCCGUGUUCACACUGGGAUCACACCAGAAUACAACAAGCUGACUGGAAAAUGUCGCGGGCUGCUGAAAGACUCCGGCUGCUGGUCAGUCAUCUUGAUCGAUCACCCGCUGCGAUCAGAGCUACAUCAACCUCUGCUCAAAGCCUCACCUACAGUCACCCACAGAGACUGAGAUACACUUUUGAUACUGACCUGCUGACCCCAGAACAGCGACUCUCCUAUGAGGAAAAUGGCUUCAUCCUCAUCAAGAAUCUGGUGUCUGAAGAGGACAUCGACAGGUUCAGGAAAGAGUUUGAACGGAUCUGUCGACAGGAAGUGACGGUUCCCGGUCUGAUGGUGAUGAAGGAUUUGGCGAUCGCUAAGUCAGAGUUCGUUCCGGAUGAGUCGAGUAAGAAGACGUCCCGUCACCCGAUGCAUCAGGAUCUGCAUUAUUUCCCGUUCCGCCCAGCAGACAGGAUCGUCUGCUCUUGGACGGCAAUGGAGAAAAUUACCAGGCAAAACGGCUGUCUGGUCGUCCUGCCGGGGACACACACUGGCACGCUGCAGGAGCACGACUACCCCGAGUGGGAGGGUGGUGUAAACAAGAUGUACCAUGGAGUGCGUGACUAUGAUCCGCAGCACCCCAGGGUGCACCUGGAGAUGGAGAAGGGCGACACCGUCUUCUUCCAUCCACUGCUGAUCCACGGCUCUGGCAUGAACCAGACACAGGGCUUCCGCAAGGCCAUCUCCUGCCACUAUGCCAGCGCUGACUGUUAUUACAUCGAUGUGAGGGGAACCACGCAGGAAAACAUAGCAACAGAGGUGGAGGAGCUCGCACUCAGGAAGUACACUAAAGGCAACGAAAUUACCUUCCAGGAUACCUGGGCUUUCCGAGGCCGCCUGGUUCAAGGAGAGAGGAUUUCACUGUAAAGAAGCCACAGACGUGUUACAGAAAGAAAGAAAAAAAACCCCACCAUAUUAUUGCAGGGUGACCAACCACUGAGCUGAAACUAGAACAUAUUGAUAUGGUGAUGGGUAAGAGGCAACACACAGGCACAGUGUCUUGUCAUGCAAUCCUUAAUCUGCUUUCAUAAUGGAAGCAUGUAAUUCUUAGAUUACUUAGGUGUUGGUGAUUGAGGCUUGAUAGUUUAUGCUCAUUGUAACAUUUUGGAAAUUUAAUAUAUAGAGAAUAUAAAGAUAGUAAAUACUGUUUCAGUAGAAAAUGUCAGUUACCUACCAUAAACAAAUCAUUACACUGUCGGUACGAGAGGUAAAGUACUUGACAUUCAGUACCCCUCCUGCUACUUGCUAUACAGCAUUUUACGGCACAAAAUGCAGUUGAAAUUGCACUUAAAAACAGUGGAAUCAUGUGAAUGCAUCUUGAAAUGUCUAUCAAGCUGUUUAAUGAAAAUGGAAAGGAUAUUGCGCCUGUGGUAACUGCACAGAAGCUUAAAGAUGAAUUUGUAUGCUGAUUAGGAAAAGUAAGAAUUAUUAUGUGUGAGAGCGAGGGCGAGAGAAUAAUGAAAGCUACAUUUUAAACUAGAGUAGGUGAUUUAUUUCAAUAGCAUUUAUUUUAACAUGUGUUUUGGGAGAGGGUGUGAUUUCAUUUCAUUUCAGUUGGAUACUUUCAAAAUCUAACUGUCUCUUGCUUUCUGCAACGUUGCCUAACCCAGCUUUAUGCAGAAAUAUGUAAAUGAUCAGGGUUGAGAGGUAUAGCUCUUGUUAAUUAACACUAGAGGCCUUGACUUUAUAAUGUCUUAUAAAUGUGUCAACAUGUUAAUUUUAAUAUAACGGUUUGAUGAUGAGUGAGUGGAUGAUGACAAUCUUGCUAGGAUAAAUGUAAUAUUUUGUUAACAUUAAUAAUAAAAAAUGACUGCUAAAACAA